UUAUGUUUAACUAUCAAAGUAUUUUUCAUCUAAAUUCUAUAAAAAUGCAACAAUACUGAAAAAUGUUAUCAACAAGAGCUGAAAAGGGAUUAUAUUUAAAAAAUAUACAAAUUUUAAAAUUCUGUUGCCAUUGUGGUGUUAAUUAUUGACGUCAUUGCCAGCUGUAUAUAUUAAUAUAAAACUGCUUUAAAUAAACAAUAGAAUUUUGGAAAUAUUUGUAUGUUGAAAUAUGUAUUUAGUAUAUAUUUCAUUAAAAUAAUUGCUCGUACAUUAGUUUUUGUAUAAAAAUUAUUAAUUCAUUUAUUAUUUUUCGUAAUAUACAACAUUUACUGUUUUAUCUCUCAACUUGAAAGAACAGCUGUGUAAUUUACUACCUUUUGAAAACAACCCUGUUUUAACAGCUGUGUCAUCACAUCCCAUCACAUACCGUUAUAUCAAUUUCCUUUGACACACACACAAUUUUCUACUGUUGCUGUUUCUGUGUGUGUGUCUAUGUGUUGGUGGCAUUAAAAAAGUGAAAUAAAAGAAAAAAGUAAACGAGUGAAAAAAUUACAGACAAAUUUUAAUUUAAAAAAAUCGUAUUCUAAAAAUUAACAAAUUUAGGGAAACUAGAAAACUACUUCAAAACAAAAUUAGUAUUAAUUGAAAUCCUCAAGAAUUGCUAGAGUAUAUAGAAAAUAUUAAAGGCUAAAGUUGAAAAAUGUAUUAUAAAAGGUAAAAUUUUCUUUGUAUAAGAGAAAGAAAAAUUAUACAUAACUUUUUUGAUUUUUUGAAAUGAAUAGAAAAAAAAUGUUAUAAAUAAUAUUGUAAAGCUAUUAUUAAUUACAAGCAGUUAAAUUAAAUUAAAUAAAAUUGUUUUGUAUAGGAAAACUGUGUGAUUUUUUUUGUUGAGUUACAUUUGAAUGGGUUUAGAUGAUGGCUUGAGGAAUUUUCUGUAUCUCGCCCACUCUAUUUAUUAUUAAUGUUGAAGACAUUAUGGCAGCUGUUGAACAUACCUUUCAUGGUACUUGGGAGAUUGUUUCCUGUACCUUUGAAGGCAAAAAAGAAAUAUCCGGCUUAGAGGGCAUUAAAUUUCGUUUGGACGAUACCAGUGAUAUAACAUGGUAUAAUGAUUUGGUCAGCCCGUUGCCAGAAACAAAAGACUGCGAUACAUGUUGUGAUUCGGCAAGUGUUCUAUUCAGUUGUGAAACAUUUGAAGUCAAUGAAAAUAAUCCACGUUUAAUAUUUGGUGCAUUUGCUGGACACAGUAUAGAAUUUAAUACAUCUACCUUAGCACCCUCUGACUCAUUAAUACUCUACUGUGAGAACUGGUAUGCGGUGGAAUGUAAACGUUUAAAGGAGGGACAGGCUGCUGGCCAGGAAAAAGAAUUCUCGUUUGCCGAAGCGUUAAAUGAAUGCUACUUUAGUGAUGUCAUUAUCAAAAGUUCCGAUGGCUUUGAGUAUCACGUGCAUGCCUCUGUAUUACGUUUAAAUGGUUUUGAUUGCAGCAUGUGUGUGCAUGCCACUAGCACCAUCUCAUUGCCACAAGCUGUAUGUAGAAAUUAUGAUUCCCUUACCAUAAAAAGUAAAGAUAAUGCCAGUCUACCCAACUCUCCAAAUCCCAUUAAAAUCUCCGUGACCAUGACCAGCACCACAGCACAACCGGAAGAACAGCAAAAAUCUUUACCCCGCCUCAAUUUAUCACCCAUUUACUUGCAACCGCCUACAGAAUGUCAUGCCACAAAUACCAGCUCCUCCUUAAGAUCCCAACAUCAUACACAAUUGUCGUCUUCAUUUAAUUGCUUGUCGACUAAGGUUCAACCGAAUGGUGGUACCUUACAUCUGCUAAAUCAAGAGAGUGGCUCCGGCAUGCGUCGUUUCCCACCCAAUUCCCAUUCGGAUUCACAUUUGGAAACUCACAAUUUACAGCCGCAAUCAAAAAAUAUCUUUAAUUUUUGUCAAGAUCUCAUGCUGCAACAUUCCACAGAAGUUUGCAGUUCAACGGGUUGUAAUACACGCCGGCCCCCCCUGUCCCCCUAUCGUGCCAGAAGUCCCUCACCAUUUCCCAGUUCUAUGGAUACACCGCCCUCAUCGCCCUUGACUCCGGUGGGUGUUUUAUAUGAUCUUCCUGCUUUUCUAUUGACACCCAUAUUGCAUUGGCUUUAUACGGAGUCUCUGAUGCCCGAUAUGAAUGAGGAUGUUUGUGAGAAACUCAUCAAUUUUGCCGAGACUCAGCCUUCGUUAAUGAAAUUGGCAGAACCUGCUAAGAAGUAUUUGAAGAUGAUUAAGUUGAAAAAGUUUGUUGUCAAUAUUAUAAUGGAUCUACAUAGUAUUCUAAAUCGUGUCAUACAAACCAUUAAUCCAGUUACUAUAUCACACGAACCCGCCUUACUAUAUGCCACAUUUAAGGAUAGUUUAAGAGAAUGUUCUAUAGGAUGUGCCAAAAUUUUACAAUUUUGCAAUAUAUUUAUUAAGGAUGCCGCCGAUAUAGCACGCUAUCAAAAGAAUGAAAUAAUUAAAUAUGUACGCACACGUAUACCCAUAUUUAUGUCACAAUUGCAUCAGCUCUUACGCAAUAUAUUAAAUGUAUUUUUAAGUCUAACACCUGAUGAAAAAGAUGAAUUAGCUAAUUACAUAGUACCUGAGAUUGAAACCACUUUAUUGAUUUUAACUAGUGUGAUAGAAGAAAUCAAAAACUCUUUAGAAAAAAUGUGUAAAGAUUUGAAAUGCUCACAUUUAGAUUUAUCAUUAAAAUAUGCUACCGAUGAUGCGGUAGCCAUGCAAAUACAAAAUAAUACUUUCAUUACCGCCAACAAUCCCAUGGACGAUAAUACCGUUAGCACGCUCUUUAGUCAGCCACCGCUAUCGCCAAGACCCCGAAGGGGACCACCCAUAGGUCUAACCCUGUAUGAUAAUCCUUCAGAUAAGCAACGCUUAAUGAGUGCCGAAAAUGAUUUGAAAUUUGUUUUGUACAUGUACGAAGUAAGAAAAAUGCGUGAUAUUUAUGGACGCAUAUCAGCUGCUUUGGAAAUCAUAAGGGAUAAAAAAAUAACUUAUUGUGAAAUGGAUUUCUUGAGUAAGCGCAGCACUAUUAAUCAAAAUUUAGAACAAUUGAUUGUGGAUAUACCCAGUUAUAUAUUGAUAAUGGAAAAUCUAUCCGAUCGUUUGGAGGCGAAAUUGGGCUGGAAGGAAUUUAAGUUUUGUUUCAAAUUGGCGACAUCACAAAUUAAUGGUGUCAUAGUAAAGAUAUUUGAUCAUAAGUCUGCUUUAAAAGAGGCCAUGAGUCAGAUCUGUAAACUGGUGCAAAAACAAGAAUUCACACAAACACUUAUCGAGUUGGGCUUAUUAGAGCCUUCGAAUAUUUUAGAAAGUGAAUUGAAAUCAUUGCAAAAAGAUGAUCCUUUCGAAUUGAGUUUAGAUCCUUUGGUUAUGGAACGACAACACAACUAUGACUAUAAAAGUGUUAAGCUUAAUCUUAUACGACAUCUUUGUGAACCACCCAUAGCGGCAAAUAGCAAUUUAUCGAAAAAUGCUUUGCGUUUAUUGCACUCGGCCCAAUUAGCCGAUAUGGAAUUUGAAGUGCAUACUUUUCAACAGGCGCUAUUGACAACAGCCGAAAGUAAUGUUUUGAAUAAAAAUACUUUAGAUAUAGAAAGUAUGGAAAGCCAUAAAGCUCCCAUACAGGUGCAUACAUUUCGAGCACAUCGUGUUAUAGUAUCGGCCAGAUGUGAAUGGUUUAAGAAGGCCUUAAUGUCGGGCAUGCAGGAGAGUUUAACAAGAAAAAUCAUUAUAACUGAUACAUCUCCAGUGAUAUUUAGACGUCUACUGUUAUUUUUGUAUGGUGCUCCUAUUGAUAAAACUGUGGGUGCUGAACAAAUCUGUGAAUUAAUGUUAUUAGCUGAUAAAUACUCUAUAGAUGAUUUAAAGGAAUUGUGCGAAAAUACUUUAAAUUCGCAAAUAGAUGAACAUUCGGUUUUAUGUCUUUUGGGUAUAGCCGAUCAUUAUAUGGCAGCGGCUUUAAAAUCUAAGUGUCUUUCAUUUGUAUCACAAAAUUCACAUCUUACUAAGGCUGCUAUGUUUAAGGAACUAUCACGACCAUUACAACUUGAGGUUAUGGAUUUGAUACAUUGGUAUGGUCGUGUAGCUGAACCCUGGACAGAUUCGGGCGGUUUUAAACCACGCAGCACUUCCAGACACAGCCUGAAAAGUCCCUCGAAACCCCGAUCACGUUCCAGAAAAUCCUCACCCUCUUUUAUGUGACACUGACUUUUAAGAAACCCAGGUUAUUAAAUGACAAACAAGAAAAAAACAUCUAAAAGGAAAACAUUUUAAGCAAUUGUUCGGAUAUUCUUUUCAAUUAAGUUUACUAUUGAUGUUAGAAUAAGAAAAUAAUAAUAAUAAAAAAACACUUUUUCUAAAACAUAUACACAACAUUUUAAUAGGAAAAAAAAACAAAACAAAAUUUAAAAAAUUUAUUAAAUUACAAAACAACUAUUUAAGCUAGAAAGAAAAUCCAAAACCAUUGUCCACAUGGCACCAUAAAUAACUAUUUAUUUUAAAAAAAAAAACCAAAUAUUUCUCAUAAAACUCAUUAUCAAUUUCAUAUAUAAUUCAAUAAAUUAUUUGCUCUGUAUAUUAUUAUUGUAAUAGCAAAGACAUACUCUCUCUCCUACAUAUCGUAAAUCAAAGUUUUUUGCUUAAAUGUACCUUGAAUUUCAAAAUUAUUUUAAAAUGUUAUAAAAUAUUAAAAUGUGUUAUUAAUUUUUUUCCUUUACAUUAACUUUACUCUAUAUAUUUAAUUAUUAACUCUUUAUUAAUGUUAUUUUAUUUAGAAAAAAACGUUUAAAGCAAAAAUAUAUUUUCAAUAUCAAACAAAUGUGUAUUUUCUUAAUAAAAAUCUAUUUAGAAUAUUUUUGGAUUAAUUAUAAUUAAAAAAAAACAACAAAAUAUGUAUUAAAAGUAACACACGCUUUUUUAAAAAAAGUGCUGUAACUGAUUUUAUUCUUUAAAAAAUAAAAUAAAAGCAAAAUGUAUUCAUCAUUAAGUGUAUUGUAUGUAUCUGUAUUUAUUGUUGUCUUUUUAAAAUCUCUUUAAACCAACAAAAAAAAAAAAAAUUAAUAAAAUUUGAAUAUUUACAAGGAAAA